AAUCACGAAAGUUGGGCGAUUUAUGUCGACAUUAAUAGUAAUUUGUCGAGCCUUACGAAUUUCGUCUACAUUUUGCGGUAAUUAAGAUUUAACUAUAAUUAUUGUAGAUAAAUAUCAUCAUUCAAGUGCAUCCGCCAAUAACUGCGACUACACUUAGUCAAACUUAAUAAAAUUUCCUAUGUUCAAAGUGUAACAUUUACGGCGAAGACGUUUUAGAAGGAAGUGAAUAUGAAAUGUGAAGCAUGAAAAUGGAUUUAUUCUUUUUAUCUGUCCUGGUCACCGUAUUUCAAGCUUCAUGGUCCUUCUUUGUUUCAAAAUCAACACUGCAAUGGUCAAGGAAUAGAGAUGGAUGCGAGAUAGCAACACCAACCAUACAAUAUGGCCAGAAAGACCUUACCGUUGAUAUGAAUGGACAAGCUAUAGAACAAGAAGUCUGGGUCGGUUACUAUCAACAAACUGCCUUGUUUGAGUACAUAGGGUGCAUGAGUUCAGAUGACUUAGAUAUACAAAUACCUAAAAUACAACUCGGUGAACGGAAUAUCGGACGGUGCUACUCUGCUUGUUCCCACUCGCCUUUUAUCGGGAUACAGAAGAGUAAGUGUUAUUGCAUACCAGACAUACCAAAGAAAAACAUAAGACAACUUGGCUGCAAUUAUUGGUGUACUGACAGGUAUAAUGCUGCUUGUGGAGGACACACUUUCAUUUCAGUGUACAGAAUGUUAUCUCACAACGACUCUAGACAUAUUCCUGAAAAACAAGAGUACAAAAAAAGAUGUCUCAGAUUAGAUAUCGACCAAACAGGAAAUAAAACAUAUCAAUGGAGACUUUGUUCCGACGAAAUGUGGGUAUUUUGUACGUCUGAUUUUAACCAAUCAGUCAAAAUUUGUUAUAAAAAAAAAAGUUGGAGGAAUGCAGCGUCACUGUGUUUUCAAACACAUGGUUAUCCGAUUGGAUAUGAAAACGUACGGAAUGUGAUUUUCGUGGCCAAAUACGGCUGGGCAGGGAUCGUGUGGAGCGAUGUAAUUUUCAACGAUAAUGAUUUAGAAAACUCGAAAACUUUGUUGGACAUCAGUUAUGGGUAUUUGAAAUAUGUUAGUCCUUACGGAUAUGUUUUACAUUUUUCAAAAGAAGACACAGGAAAAUAUAUUCUCUGCAAUGAUACAUCCGUGAGAACAGAAACAACAAAAUUGACAACUAUCGCUCGUGAUACUUCGAGUACAAAACGUACGCAUGUAACCUAUACGCCUGUAGAAAAAGAAACAACACAAUUGACAACUAUCACAAGUGAUGAUAACUCUUCGCCUACAAAACAUACUCAUAUAACCACAACGACAACAGAACGACUUUCAUCAACAUCUUGGUCAAACACACCAAAUACACACGUCUGUUUCGUUGGCUGACGAGAUAAGAAAGUCACACAAUGACUCAUCAACCAAAGAUACUGACAUACCUGUCAUUGUAGGCGUAUCAGUUUCAGCUAUCCUGGUUGUCGUUAUAAUUGUGAUCAUUCUGAUCCUAGUCAAACGGAAGAAAAUACGUUGUUGUACUGAAGGAAAGCAGUUAACUGAGGUGGCUGAUCAAAAAAAUUCAAAGACUAAAAAUCCUAUUUCACACGUAAACAAUUCUUACGAGCUUGUUGAUGCUGAAUAUAUAGAUACAGCUAUCAAAACAACAUCUGAUUUGUGUGAUGGCACUUACAACAUGCCCGAACAAGAAGCAGAUGAAGUAAACACAAACGUAACAACAUACGACAUCGCUGGUACCGACAGACAAACAUUAAAACAGGAACACGACAAUAUAUAUAAUAAACUGCAAUCUGAAAGCAGUCCCAUAUAUGAUCACACCAAUGAUAAAUCUAAAACUGGAAUUCAAGCGUCUGAUGAUACAUACAACACAACGAAAGAUAUAUCAGCGAAUUCUGGAUUUAAACUUGGCGGCAAUCAUGCAGUUGGUAUGAAUACCAUUGAAGAAAGCCCUUACAAUCACACUAACUCUGAUCCGUUUGAACAAAAACAAGUAGACAAUGUCUACAACACUGCUAGCUUUUAGUAAAAUGUUGAAAGGCAGGAACACGCACAAUUCAAUUUAUAAGCUGAUACAGAAGAUUGAUGAAAUAUAGUACAAACUGUAUAUUGUUAUGCAUUAUUAUAUUUGUUAUAAGACAUUACGGAAAGUUAUGUUGACAUAUAUUUUAUCUUUUGUAAAGCAAAUUCCUUCUACGGUUAUGAAGCCGCUCUAACACUAUUAGUAUAUCGAGGAAUGUUCGUAGAAAAUAUUCUUUAUUCUGCAUGACCUCUGUGUGGCAUUGAUUGCAAAAACGUUUUGAGCAGGUGCUCUAAUGAACGCUGUAAAUGAUGAAUGACCAUUUUGUUUUGGUUUUCUCUGAUCUUCUAUGACCUGUAUUGACAUUCUCAAAUAAAUGUUUUUAGGAGGAACUCAUAAAAUAAAAAUAGAGUCUAUUGUCUUUUA